AUGGAUUCAGUGAUAACAGUAUACACAUAUACAACUUUACCAAUUUAUUAUUAUCUACAAAAGCCAUGGAUCAGACUCAGCCAAUCUGAUGAGGAAAAAGCCAUACAUGAGGAUCCACUCGACCCCUACAGUCCGUGGAGACGCAUAACUACUGAUCCGAAACUCGAGGCCUUUGAAGUGGAAUCAGUCGAUAGUCUUCUGGAAACGGCUGCAAAAACUAAUGGCAAAAACUAUGUGAUAUCAGGCGUUAAAGUUAGCGAAGGCGGCAAAUAUUUUUACGACUGGUUCACGUAUGGAGAUGUCAUAAAACGUGUCGACAAUAUAGCCAAAGGUCUACAAUUGGUAGGCGUGAGUGCCGGCGAUAAAGUGCUCAUAUUUGCCGAAACACGGCUCGAGUGGAUGUUAUGCGCUUUUGCUGUCUUCAAAUUGGGAGGUGUUGUCACCACUUUGUUUGCACAGUUAGGUAUCGAUGGCAUUAUUCAUGGAAUCAAUCAGACCCAAGUGAAGUACGCCAUUACAACCAAACAACAGCUCAUCAAAUUGCGGUCAGUAUUGACACAGACGCCGAGUGUCCAGAAGAUCAUUGACAUGGAUGGUAUGAACAUUGGUGACGGCACUGUCGACAUUAUGUCUCUAAAGCGUGUCGAGACUACCGGUAAAAAAUCGGAUAUUGUAUUACCCGAAGUCUCACUUAACAAAAGAGACGAUUUAGCACUAAUUAUGUACACUUCAGGAACAACUGGUACUCCAAAAGGUGCAAUUGUUACGCACGGGCAGCUCAUAGCACAGGCAAAAUCAACAAUUUGUAUUUUUAAAACUGAAUUAUCAAGAAUUCAAAGGCACUGUUACAUCGCAUAUCUACCGUUGGGACAUAUGUUUGAGUUUACGGCUGAACUGAUAUUUUUCGGAAGCGGUAUUCGUAUGGGAUAUGCCUCAGCACUAACACUGUUCGAAGGAGCGCCAGGUCUGGUGCCGGGAGAGACACCUGAUCUCCAACUAUUGAAACCGACUAUAUUUUUGGCGGUUCCUCUCGUUUUGGACAGAAUUAGACGGACAGUUACCGAACAGAUGGAGGGAAAACCAUUAGCAAAAGGAAUGUUUAAAACAUUACUCGAUUAUAAAACUAAAUGGAGAGCAAAGGGUUACACAACUUUCCUCACAAAUCAUUUUCUUUGUCGUAAAGCUAAGCAAAAGUUGGGUUCAAAUGUUGAAAUUAUGUUAGUUGGAGGGGCACCGGUAUCCUAUGAAACCGAAAGACUAAUGUCUUUAAUAUUUGAUCUCACACUCAUCCAAGGCUACGGAGGUACCGAAGUUUGCGGUGCAUCGCAUGCCAGAGGAAUGCUUGAUUUGACACUCGGCCACACGGGUCCUCCGAUGUCAGGUUUUAGGGUACGACUCGUUGAUUGGACAGACGGCGGAUAUUCAGUACGUGAUAAACCUAACCCGAGGGGUGAAAUUGUGAUCAAUGGCGACUCAGUGGUGUCGGGAUAUUAUAUGAUGGAUAAGGAAACAAACGAAGCAUUUUGCUACGAAAACGGAGAAAAAUGGUAUUAUACGGGAGAUAUUGGAGAGGUGGACGGCAACGGAUAUUUCAAAAUAAUAGACCGCAGAAAGGAUUUGUUAAAACUACAAAACGGAGAGUACUAUUCAUUGGGAAAGAUAGAGUCGGCGGUCAAGAGUUGUCCUCUCAUUGAAAACAUUUGUGUUUACGGCAUAUCGACUCACGAUUAUCUCAUAGCACUUGUCAUACCAAAUACCAAUGCACUGCAAGGGGUAUCUAAAAAGUUAUCGUUAAGUGCUUUUAGUUUUGACCAGUUGUGCGACAAUAAUCGAGUCGAGCGCUCGGUGUUGGACUCAAUACGAGAGUAUGGUCUCGAUAACGGUCUGUCCAAACGGGAAUUGCCGACCAAAUUGAAAUUAUGUGCCGACGAGUGGACUACCGAUAAUGGUUUGUUGACGGCUGCGUUAAAACUCAAACGUACAGCUAUUAUCCAAAAAUAUAAAUCGGAUAUUAAUCUUAUGUUUGAUGAUAUCAAUAACAAUAACGAUAAUAAUAAUAAUAAUAUUUCAAAACAUUAA